UAGGCUAUGCUGAUCCUUAUUAUAUAGUAUAGAUUAUAACGUUAUAUUUUUUAUAGAUCACAGAAUGCCUAGGAAGAAGAGCUGGAAGAAAGCUGCUGUAAAGAAGAAUGCAUGUAAGGCAGAUGUGGGUGACAAGUACCCCACAGAUGUUGGCCACGUCCAACUGUCUGUGCCUCUGGGUGUAGGCCACGUCCUAACACCUAUGACAUCUGUACCGGCAGGGGUGAUCUCUACCACCCCUGUGACAGUGGUCUCUGCGGCUCUCCCUGAGACCACUCUGACUCAAACUCAAAUGUUGCCUCAAAAGUUGCCUCAAAUGAUUACUCAGAAUUCCUCUCAGUUGUUUACUCAGAAUAUCUCUCAGAUUACAACUCAGAAUAUUACUCAGUUUACAAUGAACAAUAUACCAAAUGAAACAACAUAUGCACUGCAAGGUAAUUGUAUGCAUCAGAAUUCAGAUAAUCUGGUGUUUGGAUCUUUCCAUCAGGGAAGCAUGAGAUUUUCAUCAUUUUCAAGAGGUAAUCAGUGUACAUGCAAUUCACUUAUGAUGUUGUCAAAUUCAUAUGAAAAUUUUUCAUUCACUAGUUCCUUUUUGGAUCAGACUCUGCUCAAAGGAGAUAAUUUGUACAACACAGUUGUGAAGAUUCUUCAGAGUGCUGGAAAACUGAAGAGCAGAUUGCUGAUGUUUGAUGAACUACCAAUUCAUAUUGAUUCUGGUGAAAAUCACCACAUGGUUGAUAAGUUUGAUACAUUGUUUGGCUUAUUAGUUACAGAUGAUAAGAGAAAUCAAAUUCCAACUCUACAUGAAUGUCUGAAACAAGCAUUAGGGUUAUCUAGGUAUGUAUUAAUAAUGAUUGGCUCAAUAUGUUCAGCACUGUACAAAGCUUCUGACAAUGAUUUUUAUUUUUUUGACUCACAUUCUCAUGGGGAAAAUGGCUUGUCUGAUUGUGAUGGAAAGUCUCUGAUGAGACACAGUUGCUGCUUAGAUGAUUUGUUAGUAUUUCUGUAUGCAAUGUAUGAAAGUAUGCACAUUGAAUUUGCAACUGAAUUUGAAGUGAUGCCUGUUGCCUUUCGUACACUUAUUCAUAGCUUCCCUAGCAAUAAUCAAAGUACACAUCAAUAUUGUAGAUUAGAUCAGUUAACAACAACUGCUCUCUCAAACAAACAAUCUGUUGUUAUCAAUACUGGUCACUUAAAAACAACAGAGAUAAAGAAAGAUAAAAAGGAUUACAUGAGAGAAUAUAUGAGAAACAAGAGACAGGAUCCAGAGUUCAAAGACAAGGAAAGAAAAAGUAUGAAAAACAAGAGACAGAAUCCAGAAUUUAAAAGCAGGGAAAGGGACAGUAUGAGAAACAAGAGACAAGAUUCAGAAUUUAAAAGCAGGGAAAGGGACAGUAUGAGAAACAAGAGACAAGAUCCAGAGUUCAAAGACAAGGAAAGAGAAAGUAUGAAAAACAAGAGACAGAAUCCAGAAUUUAAAAGCAGGGAAAGGGACAGUAUGAGAAACAAGAGACAAGAUUCGGAGUUUAAAAGCAAGGAAACGGACAAUAUGAGAAACAAGAGACAAGAUCCAGUGUUUAAAGACAAGGAGAGGGACAGUAAGAGAAACAAGCGGCAAGAUCCAGAGGUUAAAGCCCAAGAAAGAGACAGUAUGAGAAACAAGAGACAAGAUCCAGAGUUUAAAGACAAGGAAAGGGACAGUAAGAGAAACAAGAGACAGGAUCCAGAGUUUAAAGUCAAGGAAAGAGAAAGUAUGAGAAACAAGAGACAGGAUCCAGUGUUUAAAGACAAGGAAAGGGACAGUAAGAGAAACAAGAGACAGGAUCCAGAGUUUAAAGUCAAGGAAAGAGAAAGUAUGAGAAACAAGAGACAGGAUCCAGAGUUUAAAGACAAGGAAAGGGACAGUAAGAGAAACAAGAGACAGGAUCCAGAGUUUAAAGUCAAGGAAAGAGAAAGUAUGAGAAACAAGAGACAGGAUCUAGAGUUUAAAGACAAGGAGAGGGACAGUAAGAGAAACAAGAGACAGGAUCCAGAGUUUAAAGUCAAGGAAAGAGAAAGUAUGAGAAACAAGAGACAGGAUCCAGAGUUAAAAGACAACGAAAGAGACUGUAUGAGAAACAAGAGACAGGAUGCAGAGUUUAAAGGAAAAGAGAGGGACAGUAAGACAAACAAGAGACAAGAUCCAGAGUUUAAAGACAAGGAAAGGGACAGUAAGAGAAUUAAAAGGCAAGAAGAAGAGUAUAGGCAUGAUGAGCAAAUAAGAGAUUUAAAGAAGAAAAAAAAAAUGAGACAAAAUCCUAACCAGUUAGAAAAAGAGAGAUUGAAGAUGAAAGAAAAGAGAAAAAAUGAAGAGUAUAGAUCAUCAGAAAAUAUUGCUGCAAAACAAUCAAAAGCACACAAACGGGGGAAUUUGGACUAUAUUGAAACUGAAAAGCAAAGAUACAAAGUAAAUUUGGAGUUAAUGCAGCAGAAUGUGUUGACAAUUUUCACAACAAUGUAA